AGAAGAAGUAUUUAGCAAAAUGGCGGCGGGUCGUAACAGUAAGGAGGGUCGUGUUUGUUUUGAGUGUAAAGCAGCAGCAGGAAUGAUCCUUCAGAGCCUCCGUAUGUCUGAAUAAACCUCUGAAUGUUUGUUUAUCUUCAUCUCAGAGUCUCAGCUCUGACUCAUCUCCACAUAGACCACACAGCUAGCUUAGCUUAGCUUAGCUUAGCAUGCUACCCGGGGACAGAGUUUCUGUUUGAUGGAGGGUUAAUCGUGUUUUUUUGACGCAGACAUAUUCAGUGUCUUUGUGUUAACCUGUGUCUAUCCGCGGCUGCUGAAGAGACUUCCGGUUUACAAAGUGGAUCCGAAGAAGAGAGAGAGAGACCGGAAAUGGAAACUCCUGGACGAUGUUUUCAGCUCUCAGCUUCACGAACACAGAGCAGACUUCCAGCAGCUGCUGGAGAGCUUCUUCCUGAGCAGCAGAUGUGGAUCCCGAGUCUGGACCAGGAGGACACAGAGCCCCGACGCAUUAAAGAGGAACAGGAGGAUCUGUGGAGCAGUCAGGAGGGAGAGCAGCUUCAAGAGGAGUUCCCUUUCACUGCUGUCAUUGUGAAGAGUGAAGAUGAAGAAGAGAAACCUCAGGCCUCACAGCUCCAUCAGAGACAAGCUGAACAGAUGGAAACCGGAGCUGAUGGAGAGGACUGUGGAGGACCAGAACCAGGCAGGAACCCGGAUCCAGAGAAACAUUUACAUCCAGAGACUGAGCACAAGAAUGAAGACUCUUUUGAACAUGAGACUGACGACAGUGAUGAUUGGAGGGACACAGCGGCACAUCAGUCCGUGUUAAACUAUCUGGACUUUCUUAAAGAUAAGAGACAAAAGAAAUCACACAGCUGCUCUGAGUGUGGGAAAACGUUCCAGAAGAAUCGGAGUCUAAUCCAUCACAUGAGAGUUCACACCGGAGAGAAACCCUUCAGCUGCCCCGAGUGUGGUAAAAGUUUUCGCCAAAAGUCUCAUUUGAGCACACACAGGUUUGUUCACUUGGGACAGAAACUGUUCAGCUGCUCGGACUGUGACAAAACAUUUAAACACAAGUCUUGUCUGAACAGGCACAUGAUAGCUCACACAGGAGAGAAACCCUUUAGCUGCACUGAGUGUGGAAGAAGUUUUCAUCAAAAGUCUAAUCUGACUAGACACAUGUUAGCUCACUCAGAAGAAAACGCCUCUAGUUGCUCUGGGUUAGAUAAAAGCUUUCACCAAGAGUCUGACAUGACUACACACACUUUGGUUCCUUCAGGAGAGAAACCAGUCAGUUGCAGUCUGACACCUCACUUGGCAAAUCAUAGCGAGGUGAAGCCCUUCAGCUGCAGGGUUUGUGACCAAAGUUUUUCUUUGCAUAUACAGCUAAAAAGACACAAGUGUGUCCUAGAUCAGGCUUCAGAGCUUCUAAACCAGAAUGAGGAGAUAGGAGAGGCAGAAAGUGCUGACGGGGCUGAAGAGGAUGGUGUUAGACAAGAACCAAUCAGGAACCCGGGUCCAGAGGGACAAUUGCAAGUAGAGAUUGAGGUCAAGACCGAAGACUCUUCUGAACCUGAGACUGGUGACAUUGAUGAUCGGAGGGAGAUAAAAGAACAGUCUGGGAUAAACAGUUUGGAUCUUUUUAAAGACGACAGUUCAGAGACUGAUAAGAAAUCACAUAGCUGCUCUGAGUGUGGGAAAACACUGAAAACAAAUCGGGAUCUAAUCAAACACAUAAGAACUCACACAGGAGAGAAACCCUUCAGCUGCUCUUUAUGUGGUAAAAACUUCAGUCAAAGAGGGUAUCUAAAUCAACACUUAAGAACUCAUCUAAAAGAGAAACUCUUUAGCUGCGCCGAGUGCGGGAAAUCAUUCAAACAAAAAGGAAAUCUAAUUCAGCACAAGAGAAUUCAUCUAAAUGAGAAACCCUUCAGCUGCUCUGAGUGUGGCAAAUCCUUCAAACAAAAGGGAUAUCUAAUUCACCACAUGGAAACACACCAAAAAGAGAAACCCUUCUGCUGCUCUUUGUGUAGUAAAACAUUUUCAAAGAAAGGGCAGCUAGCUGCACACAUGGUUGUUCACUCGGGACAGAAACUGUUCAGCUGCUCUGACUGUGGUAAAGGAUUUAAACGGAAGUCUUGUCUGGCCCGACACGUGGUCGUUCACACAGGAGAGAAACCCUUUAGCUGCACUGAGUGUGGAAAAGGAUUUCUCCAAAAAUCUAAACUGACUGCACACAUGUUAGUUCACACGGGAGAGAAACCGUUUGGCUGCCCCGAGUGUGACAAAAGAUUUCACCAAAAAUAUUAUCUGACUGCACACAUGUUAAUUCAUUCAAAAGAGAAACCAUUGAGCUGCUCCAAGUGUGAUAAAAUAUUUUACCACAAGUCUAAUCUGGCCACACACCUGGCACAUCACAGAGGAGAGAAACCGUUCAGCUGCAGGGUCUGUGACCAACGCUUCUCUUGGCCCACCCAGUUACAAAGACACAACUGUGUUUCAGAUCAGGCUUCAGAGCUUCAACCAAAUAAUACAUCAGAGGAGAAAAGUGAUUCUGAAACAGGAGUCGAUGAAGAGGACUGUGGAGGACCAGAAGCGAACAGGAAUUCAGAUCCAGAGAGACAUUUUGAUAUUAAGGUUGAGGUCAAGACUGAGGACUUCUCUGACUCUGGGAGUGAAGACUGACCAGAUGGUAACAGUAAAUGGACUUGAGCUUGUAUAUUUAUUUUCUAGUCUUCAGACGACUCAAAGUGCUUUUACUCCGCAUGUCACACCUAGACAUUCACACACUGAUGGUAGAGGCUGCAGUGUAUUAACUCAUCCAUUCAUACACUCACACGUCGCCAAUGAAGCAGAGGGAGCUACUUGGGGUUAAAUGUCUUACCCAAGAACAUAUCAGACAUGUAGCUUCAGCAUCUGGCGAUCGAACCUUCGACCUGCCGGUUGAGAUGGGACUGACUCUACCACUGAACCACAGCCGCCUCUUGUAACCUCUGGAGAGACAAAACUCACAGAUGAGUCUUUUAUUGUAAUGUGUGAUUAGGUGCCAUUUUUUUUUUAUUAAGUGUCUUUUUCUCUGUGCUGCACAGCACAUGCUUGCUUGUGAUUGGACAGGAGCUGACAACACUUUUAGUAGUUGAACUGCAGAAGCAGACUCACCUGGCCUUCAAUCAAUCAAUCAAUCAAACUUUAUUUAUACAGCACCUCUCAGACAAAUUCAAUUGCAGUUCAAAGUGCUUUACAAGAGUGCAGAAAAGUUAUUGAUUAAAAAAGUAGUUUAUAAAAUCAUUGAGAGACUAAUGCACACCAAUAAGAAUUAAAAAAAAAUAUAUAAAAAUGAGAAAAUAAAAUACGACACAUAAAAGCAAUAAGAUAUUAAAAUUAAUACAUAUUUAAAAUUGUAGUAGGAUAAAACAGAAUUCAAAAAUGUUAAGAUUAUGUUGAUGUUAAGCCUUCAUCCUUCUCUCACAAUGUGACUGUGGCGUGGAAAGCUUGUGGUGUAGAUGACGGCGUCAGUUAAAAUCCUGGAGUUUGUAAAUACUGUAAAACGCGUUCUUCAUUGUUCUGAAUCUAAAAACAGUCCUGAGACACUUUUCUCCUGUUUUCUGUUCGGGGUGUGAGUUAGAGACUUUUUGUUUAUUUUUCAGAUAAGAUAGUUUUGUUAUCGGUGAGAUGUUUGAUUUGUUAUUUUGUCAUUUACUCUCCCUCUCAUGUAUCGGGGGGCUUCAUAUCCGUUUGUUUGGUCUUCCUAGGGGGUGAGGAAGGAGAGGGUCACGUAUAUGCUGCAUCUCCUCCCCCCCCUAGGCUGGACGUGAAAAUAUUUAACUUACAAUAUCUCGUGCAUGAUCGAUCUUUUGUUUACUCCUGGAAGAUAAACAAAGUGAAAUGUUGGGGCGACUCUGCGAUGGUUUGACCUUUGAAUGAUUUCCACUGAAACAUUUGAAUCAGAAGGAUUUCCCAGAAUUCUCUCAAAAAGGGGAAUAAAAGCAGCGUAAGGUGGUUAUUAAAUAUGAAAAACAGAAAAGCUGUUUGACUGAUGAACUUGAUUAAAUCUCUGUUUCCUCUGCACAUAAAACACAGAUAUUUGUUUUUCUAAAUAAAGACCUGAACUGUCUCUCAAA